AAUCCUGUUUUGUGGGCGUGGCUUGAAAUUUUCUUCACUCUUUAAAGGUACCAAUCUUAGAACGACACAUUAUCUCCUGUCAUAUUAUUAUUAUUAUUCGGCUCAAUAACCGAGAAGUUUAAAGCAAAAGCUCUUGCUUUGGACCUUAUGAGGCUGACCACACUAAGAGGUACCAAACCCGCUUUUGUAACCCCUGAAAGGUACGACGGGCACCCCCGUCCUAUUUUGGGAGUCCUCCCGGGUGAUUUAACUAAGUCAAAAAAAAAAAAAGAAAGAAACACGGUAUCACGGUUUCAGAGCGGAAAAAACGUACUGCUCAGCUUUCGAUCUGCGUAUACCUAACCGUACUUGCGGGCUCAAGCAAUGGGGGAAAGAACGGGGGACUGAAUUAAUAAGGCACGCGAGGAUGUCGCUUGGUUAAUGUCUUUAUGCAAGCAUGAAUAUUUUUCCGGCAUUCCGCCAGCCUGCUGAGAGGCUCUCUUGUUUAUAUAUUCAGUAGUAUACUUAUAUGGAUGCAAUAUUUAAAGAUUGUUUGUAAAGCAAAUGUGUCUCUGCAUCGAAGACAGAUUUCCGCGGGGAAAUAAAGGGUUCGGAAACCUUCUUCACGUUAAUUUUGGCCGGAAAAAAAUGAUUCCCUACGAAAGCAAUACACCAGCUUUCCAUUAGUGACGUUAAAAUGUUGUUGGGAAAUCAUAUAAAGUUCGUAACUAUUUUUGUUAACACGAUAGACGAAAUUCACGCCAUUUUUUUCAAGCUUGGGAUAGGCGCGGUGCCAAAAAUCUGGCAUUCUGCUCUGAAUAUCGCACUCCGGAAGCCAGGUAACCAACAGCCUUUGCCUUGCGUGACGUUUUGUUUGUUCGAUAUGGGGAGAACGAAUUUCAACACAUGGAGAGCUUUCCUCGUUGUUUGGAUUCUGUUCGCGUUUAAGUUCUUCGACACUCACGCCGAGAUUUGUGAAAAGAUUGACGAAUGUUCGUGCAGAAAAAGCAAUGGAAAGGUCAUCAGCUUGAGGCAAAUCGACGGAGGUACAACACCAGCUUUUAUAAAUGUUAAGGACGCAACUCCCUCACAGACUAUGAUAGAUUACGCCUGGAAUCCCUGCACAAAGUUUAAUCUGGGUACUGGCUGCGAAAAUGCGCUGAUGUGUCAAGAAGAUACAGCUACCCAUGAACGCUACACAUGUGCCUCCACUGUAGCUAACUUUAACGUAGAUAAAGAUGGAACUACCUACAUAAUUUACCAGAGUGUUCUCUUCGGAACUAAAGGUUACGAAAGGCGCUUGCAAAUUGGUCUUAAAUGCAAUGAGAGCAAAUUUCCUGGAGAAGUAACCAGUGUGUUGGAGGACCUCGUAGCCAGCGUUUCAGACUUUAGCACAACUUUUACAUCCAAGUGCGCAUGUGAUGAUGGUUGUCCGUUAGAUUCGGGUGGGCUGAGCGCUGGAAGUAUUUUGUUAAUAGUGUUUUUCGUAUUGCUCAUUGUGUAUGUAAUUGGUGGAAUUUUAAUUAACAAGUACAAGUUUGGAGUUCAGAGCAUGCCGGAAAUGUGUCCUAAUUACCAGUUUUGGGCUGGAGUACCAUCUCUUAUCAAGGAUGGAAUUGUAUUUACAUGUGGCAGCAUAAAGUCAGGAUGCUCCUCUCUUUGCCAGAAAUGUAAUAAGAAUAACAAGUACGAAAACAUUCCUUGAAGAGCCAAUCACUACCGACUGUAUCGUUAUAAACCAUCCAUGUAACUUCUAUGAACAGAAUUCUACUUUAGUAUACUAAUGCAAGUGCUGCAGUCUGAUUGGCUGAGCUACUCGUACACUAUCAGCUAGUAGUGUGCAGUGGCUGGAGGUAGCUUGCAUAAGGGCAACGUUUCCUCGUUUCUGCAAUUCUUUGAGGAAGAUUUUGAAUAUCAAUGGAUAGUUUAGAUCUCAGGAAGGUUGACCGUCGUGCAACUUUAACUAAACCUCUAAACGUUUCAAUGAACUAAUGUGCGUGUGCAAACAGCUGCAAGUUUCAAACAGCAAUUCAAUCCGUGCGCGGAUUUGCUGAGGUAUGACUUAAAAUACUAUUAGCAUAGAAAAAUAAUCGGAAAUCGUUAUUUGAAAGAAAUUUAGCCAGAAUUCUACUAAAAGGAUAAGAUUAUUUGCUCCCGAUUUCUUUGAGGUGAUAGCUGAUUUAACCUUCAACCUUAUCAACUAUCACCUAAUAGAAGUCUCUGUUUAAUAGUUUUCAAUAGUCUUUAUACCGAGCUGAGUACUAUUCAGAAUAUAAUCAGGCGAAUAAGCUGAAAUAAAGGGCACGCUUACUCUCUGAAUUGCAUGACACGAGGUCCAAUUGCUUAUUAAUCGUAUCGAUACAAGUAAGAACUUAUUCUAGGCGAAAGCGUAAGUAGUAUUUUUCAUACGUUUUAAGCCAAGGCCAAAUGGACUCGCAAGUAGACGCAAGUUGAAAACUUGAUUCUACUUGCGAGUCCGUUUGGUCAGGUCUUGCGUGCUCUUGCGUUGACCUGCGAUGACUUGCGCUCAAUUUAGUCGAGUUCAAAAUUGCACGCAAGUUUUUCACCGUCUUCCCACCCAACCCGAGUCAAAGCAAACUGAGUGACGCCCAUUCGUUGUUAUAGCAACUUAUUAGCCAAUAAAAUACGGGAUAUAUCUGA